AUGAGGAGGCCCGCUGUUAUGUACCAGCGUAUUCUGAAGCCUAUCUUCCGACGCAAUGGCCAACUCUUCGAGGAACUCAAACAGUCUUCCGCGGCAAAUUUUGCCCCUUGCGGCACUCUUCCUCCCUUCCGCAGCACCAUCAUCCCGGUUGUCCCGUUGCAGUUGUUUGAUACGCAGGAUUUGUCUUUGCCCAUGUCCCAAGAGAAGCUGGAUAGAUCCAACCAAUUCUUCAAUGACGCCAAGGCCUUCUUCCGGCAUAUAAAAGCAAUCCGAAGUGACCUCAACUUCAGCGACCUCGAUCUCAGCGACCCCGACCUCCGCGACCCCGACCUCCUAAUGUCGAAGAAAAGGAAAAAGAUAAGGAUCGUUCUGCUUGAUACAGGAAUUGACGCCGAGGAAACGAGAAUGGAGAUGGCCAUUGACGAUGGGCGAAUAAAUCGGGCAGAAUCCAAGAGUUUUGUCGACUCUCCUUGGGACCAAGACGAUGAUAUGCAUGGGACGAACGUAGCCGAACUCGCGACACGAGCUGCACCCACCGCGGAAAUCAUCAUAGGAAAGAUAUGUGAACGCAGGGAUAAACUUGAGGACGUGCUACCGAGACUUGCGAAGGCCAUAAGGUGGGCUGUAAAGGAGAAGGAGGCCGAUGUUAUAUGCCUGGCAUUGGGGUACAGGACGCCCGACGAAGCCGUCGAAAGAGCAGUGGAUUACGCAAUCGCGAAAAGGGUAUUGGUCGUCGCCCCCGCCUCGAACGACGAUGGCUUGGGUGAACGUGGCAGCAUGAACCCCCCCAGGUUGGAUGACGAGAAAAACUUCUUGACGCUCGGCGUUGGGAUAGAUGUGCUUUGGAAAGGCGAAACAAAGCUCAAAUCUGGAACCUCCUUUGCCGCCCCAAUUGCCGCAGGUUUUAUUGCAUGCAUGCUGGAAUUUAUAACGGACAAAGUAACCGAUCUGUCGGCGGUGCAGGUCAAGAAACUGAAAAGAAAGAAGGGCAUGGAGGCUAUCUUAAGAAAGAUGUCAAAGAAGGUAUAUGUCGGCGGCAAGCAUUACUUCAUCCAUCCACAAAACAUGUGCGAUUGGGAAAGGGCAGACGCGGUGCAAAGGGCAGUGAGCCGCGUGAAGGAAGCCCUACGAGAUGUCUAG